AUGGAUGAUAUAGACCAAUCAGAAAUAUAUGAUCCUUCGGUAAAUUCAUUAAGUCAAGUUGCUUCUCUUGUUGAUCAUCCGCUGUUCUCGCAAAGUGAGAUACAAGGUUGUCUUGAUGUUGGUGAUCCUAACUAUGAAUGCUCAUUCUGUGGGGCGUGUUUCUGGUUAUCAGAACGUGUUGAAAGAGAUUCUACAAUUAAUCGACCUGUUUUUACUGUUUGUUGCUCAAAAGGGAAAAUUCAAUUACCUUAUCUUCAAAAGACCCCAGAUCUGUUAUAUAAUUUGAUUAAUGGAAAUGAUAGGAAGAGUUUGUAUUUCCAAAAAAAUAUUCGAUCCUAUAACAGUAUGUUUGCGUUCACGUCUCUUGGUGGUAAGGUAUUGGAUUCAGUGAAUGAUGGGAGUGGUCCACCGCAGUUUAUAAUAACUGGUCAAAAUUAUCAUCGGAUUGGAAGUUUGCUCCUAGAUCCUGGUCAGAAGCCAAAAUUUGCGCAAUUAUAUAUAUACGACACUCAGCAUGAGAUAAUGCAUAGGCGGGAAAUCUUUCGGCAAACAUCUGAGAUGGAUGAAGAAUUGAUAAUUGAGUUAUUGCAAAUGAUUGAUACUCAUAAUGUCAUCGCACAGUCAUUUCGAAGGGCUAGAGAAUUUUAUCAGUGUCAUCCAUCCGAGAUAUUCUCUUUGAAGUUGUAUUCGCAUAGGAAGGUUGAUCGGAGAAAUUACAAUCCUCCCUCUUGUGAUGAAGUUGCUGCUCUGAUUGUUGGAGACUUUGAUUCGUCGGAUCAUGGUCGUGACAUUAUUGUUCGAUCUACUACUGGUCAGUUGCAACGUAUCUAUGAAACUCAUGCUCUGUAUUGGCCUUUACAGUAUCCGUUGUUGUUUCCAUAUGGCGAGGAUGGUUACCAGUUGAAUAUUCCAUAUCGAGGUCAACAGGAGGGAUAUGUACCUGGAAGAAGAACAAGGGUUUCUCUCAGGGAAUUCAUAUGUUUUCAUUUGCAAAUUAGGGAGAAAGAAGAUGGAAUUAUUCACAAGUGUAGGCGAUUAUUUCAACAAUUUGUUGUUGAUUGUUUCACGAUGAUUGAGUCCCAGAGAUUAUAUGAGAUUAGGAUGAAGCAAAGUACAAUUAGAGGAGAAGUGCUUCAGGGAAUAGAAGAGGCUAUGCGACGUGGUGACGAUGAAGCUUCUUCAAUUGGGACACGAGUCAUCUUGCCUUCUUCGUUCACUGGUGGUAGACGUUAUAUGUUUAAUCGUUGUCAGGAUGCGAUGGCAAUCUGUAAACAUUUUGGCUAUCCAGAUUUAUUUCUUACUAUAACGUGUAAUCCAAAUUGGCCUGAAUUUCAGCGGUUCACAGAGCGAGAGCGAAUUCCCAUCGCUGAUCGUCCCGAUAUUUCUUGCCGGGUUUUUCAUGCUAAGUUGAAAUGCCUGCUAAGUGAUCUCAAGGAAGGUGUAUUUUUUGGUCCCCUUAAUGCAGGCAUGUAUACUAUUGAGUUCCAAAAAAGAGGUCUACCGCAUGCACACAUGUUACUAUGGCUUAACAGGGAAAGCAACUUACAAAGUGUUGAAAUUGUUGAUGAAUUCAUCUGUGCUGAACUACCUAAUCCACAGAAGUUUCCAUCUCUUUAUAAUGUUGUCACCAAGUACAUGAUCCAUGGUCCUUGUGGUCUUCUUAGACCGAGUUCUCCUUGCAUGAAAGAUGGUAAGUGCUCAAAAUUUUAUCCAAAAAGAUUUGUUGAUCAGACGAGCUUUGAUGAAGAUGGCUAUCCGAUUUAUAGACGUCGUAAUAUGGGUGUGACAGUGAAGAUCAAUGACGUUGAUAUUGACAACAGAUUUGUUGUGCCUUAUAAUCCACUAUUGUUAAUGAAAUAUCAAGCUCACAUAAAUCUUGAGUUCUGUAACAAGUCAAACGUCAUCAAGUAUCUUUUUAAGUAUAUCAAUAAGGGUCCGGAUCGGGUCACUGCAACUGUUGGAGAAACACAUUAUGUUGGGGAAUCUUCUCAGGUAGUUGAUGAGAUCAAGCAAUAUUACGACUGUCGUUAUUUAUCACCAUCUGAAUCCAUGUGGAGAAUUUUAGCUUAUGAUAUUCAUCAUAGAUGGCCGUCAGUACAGAGGUUGACUUUUCACUUGCCGAACCAGCAGCAUGUUGUAUUCGAUGAUGCUGAUAUCACCACUCAUGUUUAUUUGCGCAACAAAGAUUUGUUGACGAUGUUUACGGCUUGGAUGAUGGCGAAUAGACGGUUUCCAGAUGGGCGGUCUUUAACAUAUGUUGAAUAUCCAGGAAAAUUUGUCUAUUGUUCGAACAGUAGGGAGUGGAAGCCGAGGCAGAGGGGAUUUUCAAUUGGGAGAUUGAGUUUUGCUCAUCCGUCAUCUGGUGAACUUUUCUAUAUGCGGAUGCUUUUGAAUGUGCAGAGAGGUUGUACCAGUUUUCGGAGUAUACGAACUGUAAAUGGUGUUACUUAUGAUACAUUUCAGGAGGCAUGUUCUGCCAUGGGAUUCUUGAUAGAUGAUAAGGAGUAUGUUUCUGCGAUUAAGGAAGUUGCCGAGGUAGCGUCCGCUGCCCAGCUAAGGAGGUUUUUUGUGAUAUUAUUGUUAUCUGGUUCCAUGGGAAGGCCUUUGUCAGUGUGGGAACAAACUUGGUCCUAUUUGUCUGAUGAUAUACUUUAUCGUAGAAGGCAUGAGCUGCAAUAUCCUGAUUUAACGAUGAGUCAGGACGAAUUGCAAACAUUUUGUUUGUUAGAAAUUGAGAGACUAUUGCAGAGUAAUGGAAAAUCAUUGAGAAAUUAUGCCGGUAUGCCAGUUCCUAAUAACUAUCUAGUGUCUCAAUUUAGCAACUUGUUGUUGCUGCGUGAGUUGCAGUAUGACACUGUUUCUUUAACUCGUGAGCAUGAUGCAAACGUCUUAAAGUUGAAUGAAGAACAGAGGGUGGUCUAUGAUAAAAUUAUUGAUUGCGUUUUGAAUAAGAGUGGUAUUGCUUCUCUGUUGUUACCUGGUGGUAAGACGGCUCACUCUAUGUUCAAUAUUCCUAUUGAGCUGACUGAAGAAACUGUUUGUCGGAUUAAGAAGGAUAGUGCAAAAGCUGAGGUAGUCCGAUUGGCCGAUUUGAUUAUUUGGGAUGAGGCACCGAUGACUAACAAGUUGGCUUUUGAAGCACUUGAUAGGACAUUACGUGAUAUAAUGGUUUCGGUCUCUGAUAGAAAUAAAGAUUUACCUUUUGGUGGGAAGGUGGUUGUUCUCGGUGGUGAUUUCAGGCAAGUCUUGCCAGUUAUUCCGAAAGGUUCUCGUGCUGAGAUUGUGAUGGCUUCGAUAAAUUCUUCUGUCCUCUGGAAAUAUUGUGAAGUUUGCUGUUUGACAAAAAAUAUGAGGUUAACAAUGGGAUUGGAACAAUCAACUUCUCAGGAGUUAAGGUCAUUUUCAGAUUGGAUACUUCAGAUUGGUGAAGGUCGGUGUGGAACAGUGGUCAACGAUAAACUUUUUGUUGAGAUUCCUUCUGAUUUAAUAAUUCCUGUCUUGGAAAAUCCAGUGGAAGAUAUUGUAAAUGCAAUUUAUCCGAAUUUGGUACAGAAUUUUCGUGAUCCAAGUUUUUUCCAGGAUAGGGCAAUUUUGGCUCCGACUGUUGAGAAUGUUGAAGAGAUAAAUAAUUAUAUUGUUGACCUGUUGCCCGGGGAGGAGAAAAAUUAUCUCAGUGCUGAUUCGAUAUGUGGUAGUGAUGUUUAUUCUGAUGUUGAUGUUGAUUGGAUAAAUGUUGAAUUCUUGAAUCAGAUUAGGUGUUCUGGUCUACCUAAUCAUUCAUUGAAGUUGAAAAUAGGUGUGCCUAUUAUUUUGUUGAGGAAUAUUGAUCCAGCUGGGGGUUUGUGUAAUGGUACCCGACUUGUUGUGCGAGAUUUAGGGAGAAAUGUGAUCGGUGCGGAUAUUGUUUCUGGUAGCAAUGUUGGGGAUAAAGUUUUUAUCAGUAGAAUGAAUAUGAUUCCCAGUGAUACAGUUAUACCGUUUAAAUUUCAACGCCGUCAGUUCCCGGUCUCUCUGUCGUUUGCGAUGACAAUUAACAAAAGCCAGGGUCAGACAUUAUCAACAGUCGGUUUGUUCUUGCGUCGUCCUGUGUUUUGUCACGGUCAACUUUAUGUAGCUGUUUCCCGAGUUAGGAAUAGAAAUGGUCUUAAGAUUUUAGUUUGUGGUGAUGCAUUAGUUGGUCCUAUCAGUAUUGAAAAUGUUGUAUUUACGGAAGUUUUUAAUAAGAUAUAA